UGUGGGGUUACCAGGGUGAGCGGAUACAGUGAAUGCAGUGAUCCGGGGAGAGCAGAUAUAGUGAAUGUGGGGUCUGGGAGAGCGGAUACAAGUAAAUGCAGGGUCCGGGGGACAGCUAUAUAGUGAAUGCAGGGUCUGGGGGGAGAGCGGAUAUAGUGAAUGCGGGGUCCUGGGGAGACCAGAUAUAGUGAAUGCGGGGUCCGGGGAGAGCGGAUAUAAGUGAAUGCGGGGUCCGGGGAGAGCGGAUAUAGUGAAUGCAGGGUCUGGGGAGACCAGAUAUAGUGAAUGCAGGGUCCGG